AAAGCUUAUCCUGUACAUACUAACUCGGCUACCCCCUAAAGCUUUUCCUAUUAAGUUCCUGAGUCAUUAGAAAUAAAGUCUUUACAAUAUUGUAAGCUAUUUAUACAAGGCAUUUAGUAUUUCUCCAGUACAAAUGAGAAAGCACCUGAGUAAGGAGGAUGUAUUUAUCCCCUGAAGUGUUUUGAGUCCUCCCCCUCUCCUCCCAAUCAGAAGUCGGGUAGGGGAGGGUUGAAUAGGUGUCCAGGCUCUCAGCUACCCAGUUCGAGGAAUCAUCUGAGAGCCUGACGGGAUCUGCACAGGAAUCAGUCAUUCUAACACAGGCACAGCUCUUCCACUCCCACACUAGGAGCAGCAGCAGCAGCUGACACAGCUGGAAAACAUACAUUAUUCUGCUCCUUGGGGACAGACUCAUCAGCUAACUACAAGUUCUCCAGCCACAACGCUUCCCUGGAGAGAGCGGAGCAGCAUUUCGUUUCAACGCUUCCUAACUGUUUCCAACCUACAGUUUUUCCCAAGGAGAAGUCGAUGAGGAGGAAAGCAAGGAGCUGCUGAAAGAAGAGAUCAGUUCUCAGAUGACUUUCCAAGGUCUGGUUUUGAGUGUGGUCUCUAUCGUGCUGUGCAGGGCGGAAGUGGACACAGUGACGCAGAGAAAAGUGGUGGAGGUGGGUGGCAAUGUGACUUUGAGCUGCCUCCUGACGGGAUCACGUGAAAUUCUGCAAGUUACAUGGCAGAAGAAAAAUAACAAUAACAAUGAAAAUUUGGCCACGUACAGUUUACAACGAGGAGUAAAUGUUGUUGACAAAUACCGAGGUCGAUUAAAUUUCACACGUCUGUCACUGAAUGAUACGGCCAUCACCUUCUGGCGAGUUAGAAUCCAGGAUGAUGGGUGUUAUAAAUGCCUCUUUAAUACCUAUCCUUUAGGACCCAUCCCACAAGACACCUGCUUGACCGUCUAUGAGGAGCUUAGAGGAUCUCUUCAUUAUACCGUCUCUGAAGGUAACUUGACAGCAACCUGUUUAGCCAGUGCCUGGCCUCGUCCUGUGAUCACCUGGAUUGUGCCAAAUGCUGAGGGUACGACGGAGGAGGUCCAGCACGCCAAUGGAACAAUAUCAGUCAUCAGCAAACUCUACGUCAACAGUUCUACAAGCCUGCUCGGGCAAGAGCUGAUUUGCAGAGUACAGCAUAUGGAGAAAAACAAAGACUACAGUGUGAAAGUGAAAAGGGGUCAGUCAGGAGUUUUCAGUUCCUUGGUUGGUGACUGCAGUGGCUCUCGCCCUACUUUUCAUUGUGGUGGUUCUGGCUGUGGUGUGCUGCAGAAGACAAAGGAAAAAGCAAAGUGGUGCAGAGCACACACAGUCUUCCUAGGAUCCCAUGAAGAAUGGGAAACAACUCCCUCUACCCAAUUUACACAGUAUCAUCCUCUAAAUCCCAGCACUUUGAAACAAGGUGGACAAGAGGGAGUCUCAGUGCCAGCUGAUUCUGGCCUUCAUUGGUCUGUGCAGGCUUUGCACGUUCUCGCUGCAAAAACCACUUCUUUAUAACAAGUGCAGAAUCUAGAGCAUCUUAAUCUGUCUCCUGGAUCAUUCCUUUGCAAACCUGAUUCAACAUUUGGAGCAGUGACCUGGCGUGGUCUGAAAGUAACAUCAAGAAAAGGGAAGUGUGAGCCAACCUAGACUCAAUCGUAGGAUAUAAAAAACCUGAUACCAGCUUCAGACAUAUAAGGGACAAACCUAAUGUCUAGUUGAACAGAGACAGAUGACGAUUAUCUAACUGCUUCUUCCCUCCUAUCUAGCUGAUCAGGUUUCUCAGUAAUGAAUGUAUGAUGGAUCUGGAUAAUCUGUCCAUGAAAUUCAUUCAUAAGACUGGUUGUUGUUUCCCUUCCUUCCAUUCCUCCCCUUGCUGUUGAUCUACAACAGGGAUCCAGCUGGGAAAGAGCUAUAGGAUUUCAAGACAAAAUUAGAAAGAGCAGCCAUCGCAAAGUUAAAAAAUAAAGUAUCUUAAGGAUUAAAAACAAACAGAAUAAGUUAUUUCCAAAGUGAGAAAAUGAGGAGAAGAAAGGAGGAAUUAAAAUAAAAUCCCAAAAUAGGAGUACCGACGUUUCUCAUUGCUCCUUUUUCAUUCUGUUUCCACCCAUCAUGUCUCUUCUUGUAUUUUUAGAAAUUCCAGCUAGUGUUCUAAUUUACUGCCUGCUAAAUGACCAGUAUGUUUGGACUAGUCCUUACAAUGGCUUCCUUGGGUGCCUGUGUGCUAUUGGGCUAGAUCUCUCUACUUUGCAUUUGCAGAUUUGUUUAUACAGAAUAACUAAAUGCUUUUGUAUAGGGCAAGUACUCCUCACCUAUGGGUUACGUCUACACUACGAACCUCUUCUGCAAGAAGAAAUGCAAAUGGAAUGCUCACUUGCAUAUGUCGCACUCUCAUUUGCAUUUCCUCCUCGGAUCCCUUUUGCACAAAAGGCUUUUGUGCAGCUUUUUUUUGCACAAAAAUCUCUUGCGCAAAAGGGAUCUGAGGAGGAAAUGCACGAGAGUGUGACAUAUGCAAAUGAGUGUUCCAUUUGCAUUUCCUGUUGCGGAAGAGGCUUGUAGUGUAGACAUAGCCUGUAGGUAACAUCCAACUUGUUAAUAUUACAUCACACAGCACGCUCUGACCUGCCUUAUGGCUGUGCCUAGUGUGAAUUCAACAACAUUAAUGUAAAAGUGUACCUAAAAUAGAUUUUCCAUAUGUCAUGCCCUUUAGAUAAGCUCAGCAUGCACCAUCACUACCAACUGAGAUCCAGUAUUCAUUUCAACACCCUUUGUUUCAUUCAUCUGCACACAUUUCAUUUGAUUUAAAAGUUUCUAGUUUGGGUCUCAGCCCGAUCUUUGUUUCUUCUUUGUUCAUUCAACUACUUUGACCAUUUUUGAGUUGUACAAAUGAGAAAAAUACAUUUCUGCUCAGAACUUCUUAUCAGAAAUUUUAUGCUGGGGCUAGCAGCCAUGAAUCUGGCUUGGUCUGCAGGGCUAGCUGAGUAUUAACAAUGUAAGCCACAUUGGAAGAAAAAUGGAAGUGAUGGCAAUUUAAAAUUGAUCACCUUAUCCAUCAUGAACAUUAGGAUUUUUCUAACGUUAAGGCAUUUUAGAAUUUGUUUUAAGAUUAUUCAGGUUCAGCAUAUUCCAGCCUAGUCAUUUAAACUUGGUUAAGGAGGGCUGAUCUUAGCAGGGGCAUGUUAAAGGAAAAGUGGCACAUUCCAAGCUUUUCUCUCUAAAGAGGUCAAGUUAAAGAAAAGGUCAAGCGCUGAAGAAACUGAACAUCUCAAAAUAUUUCCCCAAAGAUGUGCAUGGUUCUUUGUUAUUUUUGCAUUGGGUUUUAUGCAUGUGUGUUCAUGGUGGACCUAAUCCAUCAAAAUUCUUAAGCAUGUACUUAAUUUUAAGCAUGCAAAUAAUCCCACUGAACUCACUGGGACUACUAUGUGCUUACAGAUAAGUAGUCUUCAGGAUCUUUUUUAACGACUGAUUACUUUCCCAUUUUCCACACUCCUGCCCUAGUCUAUCUGUUUUUCUUUCUUACCAAUCUGGUUUUUAACAGCUUUUCUAUAACAAUAAUCACAAGCCAAUUGCAGGUCUCACCCAUGACAGACAUAACUUCCUGUUCUUAUAAAAACAGUAGCUCUUUGUAGUAUAUUGAGAGGAAGUGAGACAGACAAGAUAGAUGAGGUAAAAUCUUUUAUUGAACCACCUUCUGUUAAUGAGAGAGACGAGCUUUUGAGUAUACAUACAGAGCUCUUUUUCAGGUCCUGAAAUUUUUCUAUAUGAUUAAAAGUUUCUCUCUCACCCAACUACAGAAGAUGGUUGAAUAAAAGGUAUUAUCUCAUUCAUCUUGUCUUCCAUUAUCCUGGGAAAACCUUCCCUGCCUCGCCUCUUCCUGCCCCAAUCCACUCUACUUGCUUCCAUUUGUACCCCUUGCCCAAAGCCCCUUCCCUGAGUUACGUGAGCCAGAGGAUUACUGACAAAUGUAGUAGGCUUCAUUUUAUAGCUUUGUUUUAUGUAGUUAUUUGGAUUUUCUUUCAUGAGCUUUGUUUUAGAGCAACUGCUCUCAUGGAGGUUGGUCCAUCAAUGGCUAUUAGCCAGAAUGGGUAGAAAUGGUGUCCCUAGCGUCUGCUUGUCAGAGGCUGGAAAUGGAUGACAGGAGAGGGAUCAAGUGAGGAUUACCUGUUCUCUUCAUUCCCUCUGGGGCAUCUGGUAUUGGCCACUGAACACAGACAGGAUACUGGGCUAGAUGGACCUUUGUUCUGACCUAGUAUAACCAUUCUUAUGUAAAUUUUUUCCUAAAAAACCUUUUCAUGAAUUCUUAUGUUCUAAUAUAACUUCAAGCUAUUAAAAUAUAUUUUGUAUUAGGUAUUAUAAGUUUGUUCAAUAUUAUUUAAAAAUUGUUUGUUAACUUGGUAAGUCUGUAAAAAAUCCUGCUUGUGCCUUUGUAAGAGAAAUUGCUUUCUCUGAAGUGAACUGUCCUUUGUGUAAGUCAAGGAUGUGGGAAGACAAGAAGGAUAAGACUCCAGCACCAGGUGGCCAGAAUGGUUAACAAGGAGAUGUGAACUUACGCAUUGGUCAAAUUCAGGAUGGCCAAAAAAGGGCAAAACUGAUUACUCUAAAGGAAAAGGCAUGAAACAAACCAGCUGCAGUCACUCUGGGGAUCUGAUGGAGCAUAACAAUGGAAGCAGCCUUGAGGUAAACACCAACCAACAAUUAGAUGACUCCAGCAUGACACUGCAAAACCCAGAGACUAAAGUUGGGACUUACAACCAUAAUAGCAGGAUGUGUAGCCAUGAAGUUUUAGGGUAGUCCUGUGAAGACCAUUUCGGAGCACCAGACCACACCUGACAGAACCCGGCGCCAUCCUUGAAACCAGCUUAGUUGGUCAGUAAUACUGGUAACUAUGACACCAGUUAUGGUACCGGAAGUAUCCCAAAAUAGCAACGCUGUGUCUUUAAAUGCUCCCGCUAUUUCCCAAAAUAGCGGGCGCACUGUUCCGGCGGCCCUGUAACCCUCAUUCCACAAAGGUUAAGGGAUUCGUCAGAUUAGUGCCUUAUUUUGAAAUUUGGCACUAUCCACACAGUGCCAAAUUUCAAAAUAAGCUCUUUCAACCUAGACACGGAAUAAGCUAUGCCAUUUGCACUUAGUAAAUUGCGUAGUUUAUUCCAACAGAAGGGUGCUGUGUAGAUGCACCCUGUGUGUGUGUGAAUGCAUAUACUGAUUUGUAUCUGUAGCUGCAAUAAAGGUGGCAUAUUGCCUUCCCCCCGGAAAGAGAUGCCAUGUGCUUCUUAUAAGCAUAACGCCAGAGGGUCUAGCGUGAGGUGGCAGCAGGGGUUGGCCCCCCCCACAUUCACUCACCAUGACAGCAGAGGCUGGAGCAGCCCAUCAGCCUGCUCCACCCUGCCACCCAUCCCUCUAGCCAGGUCACUCUGCUUCACCACAGCGACAGGAAGUAGCAAUCCCCAGCCCACUCCCCUUUGCUCCCCCAAUCCCUGCAUCAUACAGGGCAGCAUUUUGGGGCUGAAGCCAGAGUUACCUACUUUCCACUGCCAUGUGAGUGUUGCAAGGAAGGCCUGACACCUGCUGCUGCCCUGGCACUAGGCCCUCAUGCCCUCCCCUCCCCCCCCCCGAUAAUCUCCCAGGCCUCCCUGGGUCCCGCUGCCAUAGCUAAAAUGGGGGACCAUCUUAUGGUCCAUAGGAUAGUAGAGGCAGCUGCUGCAGGGCCCCCCAAAGCAUGGGACCUGGAGUAGCUGUCCAAAAUGUCCAAUGGGCAGGAUGUCUCUGGUAUCACUAAUGCAUCUGCUAACACUAUAUACACAUUCCUGUUACCUGACAGCUGGGCUCCUCUGACUCCAAGGCCAGGUCUCAUGCAUUAUUAGGGUCAUUAAACAGCCCUCUGUUUACUGUUAUGUCUCAAUGAAUAUUGCAGCUACUUCUUCUGUUUUGUCUGCAUAUUUAUUAAAUCAAUAGGACACACUUAGCAGCUGAGAUUCUUGAGACUAAAGUAAUUGUUUCAGAUUCAAAGUUCAAAUCCAUAGGUGGGAGGAAAGGCAUCUCUUCAAGGGAGCAGUGUUAAUUUCCCAGAGCUGCAGCUGUUUCAAUACUAUGAUACGUGUAGUUUUAUGUGCAUUAAUGUGUAUUUAUCUGUGUGUCUGUAAGGAUAUGAGAGAGAGUUGUUGACAGUUAUUAUUGUGCUAGGGACUUUGUUAUUGCUGCUUCAUGAUUCUUUCAUCUAAAGCUACCUCUCUUACUAAUGCAUUAACUCUGUUUAUUCAUCAUAGUAUUCUAGCUAUGUUGAAAAGAGACCAAAUAAAAAGCUAUAUUGAAAAUUAAA